UUUUUUUUUCACGUGUGCAAUCAAUUUCAGCUGUUUCGACUUUUUCAGUGAUUCUGUUUUUUAAUUUGAAACACUGUACCUACUCAGUCGUUUCAAAUAAGUGGUAAUGUACGUUCGUACCAUGUUGGACUUUACUGUUUGAGUAAACAAUUGGUUCUGUUGGAAGGUUUCUAGCUUUUCUCCUUCGAUCUGUUUCGUCAUGAUUGCUAUUGAUUUAUUCCGUGGUCUGUGUUUACAAGCAGUAAUUGUUUCACAUCUGAUUGGAUAUUCCUGCACGGAGAACAUCGCAAGUACUCGAAUGUUGAUGGUCAGCGAUGACAAUCAUCAUUUCAGAACUCAAGUUUUCAGAACGGGGCUAUCUAGUCAACCUGAACUGAACGUUGUUAAUGCGCAUAUCCAUACCUUUCAUGAACUUGUCUGCGGCAGCAAAUCCUUCGUUGAUACGUCCUUACUCAUUCCAUUCAUAGCCGACAAUAAAAGAGUUUUAGUGACUCUACCACGCGCGUUUGGGAAAUCGAUAAAUUUGAUGAUGAUCUACACCUUUUUUAAAAUGGAAAUUCGAAAAAGCACUUUGAUACCGGUUCCACGUAAUGAAACCAAAGCAUUCCAAAUGUUCGAAUUAGGAAGAGCAUUUUGCAAUGGAAAAUUUGAACCGCUGCAGGAUAAAUUCCUCGUGACUAAUUACAAAGAAGAACGGUUCUAUAGAGGAAUGGGAUCUACUCCGGUAGUGUACAUUAAUUUUGGAUGCCCGCCGUAUUUAAGUGAUUUCGAAAGUGUGUGUCGAUAUUUAAAAGGUGUACUGAGACGUUCUUUAUUAAGACACAAUUACAUACUACAUGCAGCAGCAUCAUCCCAACGUGUUCAAAAUUUUCAAGCACGCUUCAAAGAAAUAAAUGAUCGGGUGAGUUUGAAUUCUGAAUUCGCAAAUGAGGUAACUUUGAUCCAAAUAAUUCCCCAAUUAAUCGAUUUACUAUAUAAAAUAUUUGACAAGAAUGUUCUUGUACUCGUAGAUAAGUACGAUUCUAUCAUGAAUCAUAUUCAUUUUACAUCCGCCAACAUCUCAGAACUUGACAAACAGCGAACCAUGAUGUUCCUCGCCUCAUUCUUCGGACACUUCACUAAACACAACGAAUACGUCAGCAACGUUUUCAUGACCGGUAUCAUGAACUGGAUGGGCGUACAUUUUUUCACGGAUAUAGCCAGGUUGAGUAUCCAUUCUAUUCGUGGUGGAGAAGCCACCCAGUUUUACGGUAUGGAAGAAGAUAUCGUGAGGGAAUUGUUAAAUGAUAGUGGACUAUUGCAUACGAUGGACAAAGUAAGACUUUUUUACGAUGGGUACAAUUUCGGCGAUUCGUCUGGACAAAAAUUAAUCAAAAAAUAUAAUCCUUGCGCCAUAGCUUGUUUCAUUGAGGCAAAAGAAAUUUCCAGAGAUAUGAACGAGUGGACGAAAACGACCUCGAAAAUACUAAAACCGUUAUUGAGGUACAAGAAGUUCCACGAGUACUUUUUGGCGCUGAUUUCGUACGAUGAAUUCGCGUUUAAAGUGAACAUUCUUCGGGGGGCGACGUUCAACAUGCCCCAGAUGGAUAUGCUGACAAGCGCCCUACAACAAGCAAACGUUGCUCCAAAAAGUGAUUGGUAUGCUCUUGAAAGUCCUCGUGGAUUGGUUGAUGUGGCAUUAUAUUUAUUUCUUGCGACCGGAUAUUUGACCAGAUCUGAGCAACGAACAACUCCCUGUUCCAAUAAUACCGAUUACUUUGGAUCUAGAUGUUACUACUCGUAUUUUCCUGUCAAAAUCACUAACCAGGAAAUUCGGAACGCUCUAGUAUCUGAGUACUUCAUGUACAUCAGUGAAACGUCGUGUCUUCCCGAGCAGGCUAAGAUCAUCGAAUGGCGCACAUCACUUACCAAAUUGGCCCAAAAAUUAAGCGAUGUGUUGCAAGCUAGGCAGCCGGAUUAUGAAGAAUUUGCCAAAGCUUUUGAACUUAUGCUUGGCUGCUAUACUAACAUAACCUACGAGAUGAGAAGAAGCGAACAAAAAGCGUACGCGAACGAAGCCCUGUACGAGUCUCUAUUCACGAGUGUCAUACAUUAUAACAUGUUGAAGAUUGGCAUUAAACGCCAAGAAAAUCAAUACCGAAUAGAUGGGUUUAGACCGACUGUAGUUUGUGAAGCUGCUAACGGCACCCUUACCAUAUUUGAAGUGAAAUAUUUGCCAGGCGAUUGUAAUAUGCAAGAUGUUGUAGAAAUGUUGGAUAAUGCAGGUCGUCAAUCGAUCGAAUAUGCCAAAUGGUACUUGACUGGACCAGGUCACGUCAAAAUUGUUCUUCUUCUUGUGAAAGAAUCUGACCAUGGUGUCGUAUUGCGCACCUAUACCCUCAAGAACAAUGAUAUCAGAUUGUGGACGUGGGUUCCUGCAACCUAUUGACCACAUUUGAGUAAAAAUACAACUAAAGUUGACCAUAUUACCUUUGAAAUCGGGUACCGAUCCUGUGUCCAUGGUCCAAAGUCGGUCGCAAGGGUCGAUAUUGACUCGGUACCAAGACUGAGACGAUGUUACCUGAGGUUUGCUGUCUGGAUGGAAUGAUGUCAACAAAGGCACGUUUUUGUUCGAAUCUGCAACAUGAAAAAAAUUUAUUCAAAGGCACACGAAUCUCUUCAUCUCAGAGUACUUUAAUUGAUCUACAGUUUAAAAAUGUGUUAUUAUUGAAUAUUGAUACCUACCAUUGGAACAUAAAUUUCAAUAAAUCGAAUUACAAUGAUAAUACAUACAUACCUACUUAAUGUAAA